AGAAGGUUAACUUUCACACAGAACAGGAAAUAGAGCCCCUAUCAUUCAGUCUCAGUAGUCAUACCAUUUCCAAUUCAACCCCACAUGUGCAAGGUGCACAUGUACUUAAAUAUAAAAUAUCUUAUAUCCAAUCUAUUACCGAAGAGGAAUCCAGGAGAUCAUUAGACUAGAAAGAUGGAUGACAUAGACUCCAUGUUCACUGACCUGCUGGGAGAGAUGGACCUCCUAACACAGAGUCUUGGGUACAAAAUGGACCCCUCAGGAAUGUCAUCCAGCUCACAGAGAGAAAACAACUUCUCUAUUAGGUUCACAGAUUUGAACGAAUCUCUAAAUGAGCUAGAGGAUCAUGACCUGGACACUCUGAUGGCUGAUCUGGGGUCAGAUUUGGCGGACACAGAGGAGAGACUGAACGCAACCAAGACGGGACAUGUCCACACACAGCAGCACAAGUCUGGCUAUUCCACCCAACAACAAAAUGUCCCAGCACCUAUCUCCUUGUCCCAAAUGUCAUCGCUGGAGUCCUCCUCAUUCUCUCUACCUCCUGAACCCCCCAAACCACUGCCACCGGGAGAGGCCGAAGCACAAGCCAAAACGGACAAAAUCAAGCUGGCUCUGGAGAAGCUAAAAGAGGCCAAAGUUAAGAAGUUGGUAGUGAAGGUAAUGAUGAGUGAUGGCAGCUCCAAGACACUGAUGGUGGACGAGAGACAGACGGUCAGGGACGUGAUGGAUAAUCUGUUUGAGAAGACCCACUGUGACUACAGCACGGACUGGAGCCUGUGUGAGACCAACCCCGAGCUGCAGACUGAAAGGGGGUUUGAAGACCAUGAAUAUCUAGUGGAGCCUCUUUCUGCAUGGACACGAGACAGUAAAAACCAAAUCCUUUUCCUUCUGAGACCCAACAAAUAUCUCUUCUUCAAGGACCCCCAGAUAUUCUACCUAUGGAAGAAAGACCAAAAAUGUAUUAAUGAGAUAAAAGAAAGGCAUAAGGAACUUCUGCUAAAGGAAAAUUUUGAUGGGCCUUCUCUCAUCGUCCCAGACCUGGAGGGGCUGCUGUAUCUGAGAGAGGACGGGAAGAAAUCGUGGAAACGUCGCUACUUCCUGCUCAGGGCAUCUGGGAUAUAUUAUGUGCCUAAAGGAAAGACAAAGACAUCCAGGGACCUGGCGUGCUUCAUUCAACUUGACAAAGUCAAUAUCUACACCACCACUGAUUACAAACAGAAAUACAAAGCACCAACUGAUUUCUGCUUCAUCCUCAAGCAUCCUCAGAUCCAGAAGGAGUCCCAGUACAUCAGAUUCCUGUGUUGUGAUGAUGAGCUCACUCUCUCCCUCUGGGUCAACUCCAUCAGAAUAGCCAAGUAUGGGGCCACCCUGUACAAGAACUACCAGAUGGCAGUGAGGAGAGCAUCAACGAUCAGCUCCACUCUGCACCUGACUAGUCUGCCUGCCUCCAGCCCUUCCACACCUACUGUGCACAGAGCAAAUGGACACACCCCUCAGGAGGACCUUCCUGAACCUCCCCCAUACUUUAUUCUCCCGCCCCCUUCUGGUUGGGGUUCUGGGGUCUAGGGAAGGAGUUCCACCCCCUCAAUGCACAACCAAUACAACCAUAUGACAUUCUCAACCUACCUACAGACAGGCAGGCCCAGUCUACAUGGACAAUGCUUGCUGAAAUACAACCCUCUGGAGGUGACGGGCCCUGCUCCAAUAAAACGCACCCUUCCUUCCUUGAAGUAACUGAUCUGAAAAUACAUUAUUGGACAAUGGAAUGUAGUGAAGACAUUUCCAAACCAUUGACUGAGGCGGCAGGUACAGUUGCCUAGUGGUUAGAGCGUUGGGCCAGGAACCAAAAGGUUGCUGGAUCAAAUCCCUGAGCUGACAAGGUAAAACAAUCUUUCGUUCUGAACAAGGCAGUUAACCCACUGUUCCCUGGUAGGCUGUCAUUGUAAAUAAGAAUUUGUUCUUAACUGACUUGCCUAGUUAAAUGAUAUAUAUAUUUAACUGAUAAUGCAUGUUCUUGGGUUAUUUCUGUAUUGAAUAUAUCAGAAUUAAUCAGACCUAGAGGCUAGAUUCAAUCAGAUCGCGCGUUAACCGGGAAAGGCAGACACCCACAUACGGAUGUCUUGGCAGUGUCAGAGGUGGAACUGCAUUGGAGCCAUCAAAUCAGUGAGCAGCUGCUCUUGCGGUCAUUGUCACGAAGCCACAUCCGCCUCACUCGGGUUAAAGUUCAGAAUGAGAAAAUCUAGGCUACAUAGAAAUAAUUAUGCUCAAAUUGAAAAAUCAUUGACCUAAAUAAUUUCUAUCAUCCUAAUCGAGGUGUAGAUUACAUCUCACAUUCCAGUGUUUGAAAACAAGGCUGCAUAGGAUUUCUGUUAAUGCUACUCCGUGCAGCCAAUGGUAAUGUCCUCUUUAGGUUUAAUGCCGGCAGCCACUUGUGGAUUUGACAGCUCUAACUCAGUUUUUUACAUUUAAAAACACAUUUCCUGCUAUUUUACACAGUUGGACAUGAAUUGUUAUGCUUCUCUUGCUUAUGACGUGUUCAUAUGCUAUCUGGGGGGGGGG